AUGGGCCCAAUUUGAAAGUAAAAGGCCCAUCUAAUUUAUAAGAAAGUAAAAGGCCCAAUUUCGAACUAUAUUUGGAUUCCCAAUCAAUCUACCUAUAUAACUCAUAACUGUAUUAGCAGAUGAGAUGCAUGUGACUUACAUAUAGGCUUCCCCUUCGUCGGUUUAAAUGUUAAACAUCCUCAGGAGAUAUUUGAUCAAGCAUAUUCGAACAUCCUUUACAGGUUCCAUCUAGAAGGAAAUAAAUGUCUAACUAUCCCUCAAGUCUGAACCUUUGGAAAAAGCAAACACUUUGGAAUGGACUGGAAGCCAAAAUCUGAAUUUUAUCAAGGAAGUUAGUUCAAAAAUUGAGGAGCCUGUGGAGAAGAAUUGGGGGCAUUUUGUGCUGACAGGAGCUCAUGGGUGGACGCCAAGAGGAACCACAUUCGCAAAAGAAGGACUCAACUCUGGUAGAUUCAGGAAUUCAAUCCCAUUGCCUUGCAUGUUUGGGUAAGAGCAGUUGCCAAGUAGUUCGUUCAAGAACAAAACUGAUGAAUAAUCUAAUUGCGAGAAGGAAGCCACAUGAAGCCCAAUCCAUUUUCAAAAGUUUAGCAGAAGAAGGACACACACCAACUCUUAUAACAUACACAACUCUUGUAGCUGCCUUGACCCGCCAGAGGCGUUUCAAGUCUAUUCCCUUGCUCCUCUCAGAAGUGGAGGAGAAUGGUCUGAAGCCCGACUCAAUACUUUCUAAUUCAAUGAUUAAUGCUUCCUCUGAAUCUGGAAAUAUAAACGAUGCCAUGAAAAUCUUUCAGAAAAUGGGGUUUCUGGACAUUACAGACACUGAUGGAGUUGAUGAGAUACUAACAUUGAUGGAAGAAUUUGGGAUGAAGCCAGAUGUGAUAACAUUUAGCACCAUAAUGGAUGCAUGGAGCUGGGCAGGGCUCAUGGAAAAAUGCCAGGAGGUCUUCAAUGACAUGAUAAAAGCUGACAUAGAACCAGACAUCCAUGCAUUCAGCGUUCUUGCAAAAGGCUAUGUGCGUGCUGGUGAGCCUGGUAAGGCUGAGUCAGUUAUGAUUUCCAUGGGAAAUUAUGGUGUGCAUCCAAAUGUUGUAAUCUUCACAACCAUCAUGACUGGGUGGUGCACAGCUGGCAAAAUGGAGCAUGCUUAGAGUAUCUAUGAGAAA